AAAACAUACAGCUGUGAUGAGUGUGGAAAGGAUUUUACCCGGGGUGGAGACUUAAAAAGACACCAACUCAUCCACAGUGGAGUUAAACCUUACAGCUGUGACUUGUGUGGAAAGUCUUUUACUCGGACUGAAAGCUUAAAAACACACCAAUUCCUCCACAGUGGAUUUAAACCUUACAGCUGUGAGUUGUGUGGAAAGUCUUUUACCCAGGCUGUAGGCUUACAAAGACACCGACUCAUCCACAGUGGAGUUAAACCUUACAGCUGUGAGUUGUGUGGAAAGUCUUUUACCCGGGCUGGACACUUAAAAACACACCAGUUCCUCCACAGUGGAUUUAAACCUUACAGCUGUGAUGAGUGUGGGAAGUAUUUUACCCGGGGUGGAGACUUAAAAAGACACCAACUCGUCCACAGUGGAUUUAAACCUUACAGUUGUGAUGAGUGUGGGAAGUCUUUUGCCCAGGCUGGACACUUAAAGAAACACCAACUCAUCCACAGUGGGGUUAAACCUUACAGCUGUGAUGAGUGUGGGAAGUAUUUUACCCGGGGUGGAGACUUAAAAAGACACCAACUCAUCCACAGUGGAGUUAAACCUUACAGCUGUGAUGAGUGUGGGAAGUCUUUUGCCCAGGCUGGACACUUAAAGAAACACCAACUCAUCCACAGUGGGGUUAAACCUUACAGCUGUGAUGAGUGUGGGAAGUAUUUUACCUGGGGUGGAGACUUAAAAAGACACCAACUCAUCCACAGUGGAGUUAAACCUUACAGCUGUGAGUUGUGUGGAAAGUCUUUUACCCAGGCUGAAAGCUUAAAAACACACCAACUCAUCCACAGUGGAUUUAAACCUUACAGCUGUGAUGAGUGUGGGAAGUCUUUUGCCCAGGCUGGAAACUUAAAAAAACACCAACUCAUCCACAGUGGAGUUAAACCAUACAGCUGUGAUGAGUGUGGGAAGUAUUUUACCCGGGGUGGAGACUUAAAAACACACCAACUCAUCCACAGUGGAGUUAAACCAUACAGCUGUGAUGAGUGUGGGAAGUAUUUUACCCGGGGUGGAGACUUAAAAAGACACCAACUCAUCCACAGUGGAGUUAAACCUUACAGCUGUGACUUGUGUGGAAAGUCUUUUACCCAGGCUGAAAGCUUAAAAACACACCAACUCAUCCACAGUGGAUUUAAACCUUACAGCUGUGAGUUGUGUGGAAAGUCUUUUACCCAGGCUGUAGGCUUACAAAGACACCGACUCAUCCACAGUGGAGUUAAACCUUACAGCUGUGAGUUGUGUGGAAAGUCUUUUACCCGGGCUGUACACUUAAACAAACACCAACUCAUCCACAGUGGAGUUAAACUUUACACCUGUGACUUGUGUGGAAAGUCUUUUGCCCAGGCUGGACACUUAAACAAACACCAACUCAUCCACAGUGGAGUUAAACUUUACACCUGUGACUUGUGUGGAAAGUCUUUUACCCAGGCUUUAGGCUUACAAAAACACCGACUCAUCCACAGUGGAGAGAGACCUUAC